UCCGCUUCUCUCUCUGCCUGCGCGAACAUGGCGUCUCGGAGGGAAGGAGCUUCUGCCGCCGCGGCCUCUGCUGCCCUUGGCUCUCCCGUCAAACAGGUUCAGAUCGACGGGCUGGUUGUGUUGAAGAUCAUCAAACAUUUCCAGGAGGAGGGUCAAGGCAAUGAAGUGGUCCAAGGGGUUUUAUUGGGACUUGUGGUAGAUGAUCGCCUCGAAAUUACCAAUUGUUUCCCCUUCCCCCAACAUACAGAAGAGGAUGCUGACUUUGAUGAAGUUCAAUACCAAAUGGAAAUGAUGAGGAGCUUGCGUCAUGUUAACAUAGACCACCUCCAUGUUGGCUGGUACCAGUCAACCUACUAUGGCUCUUUCGUCAGCCGAGCUCUGUUGGACUCCCAGUUUAGUUACCAACACGCAAUUGAAGAGUCUGUGGUCCUCAUCUAUGAUCCCCUUAAAACUGCACAAGGCUCCCUUUCACUGAAGGCAUACAGAUUGACUCCAAAAUUAAUGGAAGUUUGUAAGGAGAAAGAUUUCACACCUGAAGGGAUAAAGAAGGCACUCAUAACUUCUGAAAAUAUGUUUGAAGAAGUCCCCAUAAUUAUAAAGAAUUCUCAUCUCGUUAAUGUAUUGUUGUGGGAACUAGAAGAAAAAUCAAAUGUGGCUGAAAAACAGGAACUCCUCAAUCUGGCUAGUGGAAAUCAUCUAGAAAAGAACCUUCAGCUGUUAAUGGACAGAGUGGAUGAAAUGAGUCAAGAUAUCAUUAAAUAUAAUACCUACAUGCGAAAUGUAACUAAACAGCAACAACAGAAACAGCAAUACCUACACAGACGUCAGCUUGAAAAUUCCCAAAGACAGAGCCGAGGAGAGGCACCAUUGCCAGAGGAAGACCCUUCCAAGUUAUUCAAGCCACCUCAGCCACCACCAAGACUUGAAACACUCCUUGUUGCAGGACAAAUCAACACCUACUGCCAGCAGAUCAAGGAGUUUACAUCACAGAGCAUGGGCAAAUUAUUCAUGGCUGAAGCCCUUCAAGGUCACAACAGCUGAAAUCUCAAUUGAAUGUCCUUUAGGUCAAUAUGGUGUUCACAUCCAAUAAAAUAACAUUUAUCUGAAAAGCAACACAGAAGCUGAUUUUCUUAUAAGUUUUCUUGUUUUUGUGUAACUGACAUUGGGAACUUCAUUUAGCCCAGCUUAUAUGAAUUCAAUUAAAAUAAACAUGAAUUUGAUGACCA